UCGGGAUCAACUCUGAAGACUCUGUUUCUAAGAGUUGUGAUUGGUUUACCUGGUAGGGAUUCCUGGGGCCAGUCUUCUAUCCUCAGCAGAGGGUACCCUGGCCAGGAAGAACACAGAUCAUACCAGUUCUUGUGUGAACGAGGGCUGUUAUUUAUUUAGAAGCUGAGAUUGCCCUUCUCCUGCCUGUCAAAAAGGGUUUCAAAGCUGCCGCACCAGGAGCUGUUUCAGAUUACAGACUUCAGUAACUAAUGACCCAUGUCCUCUCUUCGGCAGUGAAAUCCCCAAAUGGUCCUAGGAGAAGAGAAGUAAAUCUUGACAGCUGCUUAGAGGUCAUUUUAGAACUAAAUCCCAGGAGAAAGGCUUUUAGGCUGAGAGACCUCCCCACCCCCUGCCGGAAAAAAAAAAAAACAGGAAAGGAAAAGAAGAGAGAAAAAAUAAUAGUGGACAGAAAGGUAGCUGUUUGCAGCUCAGCCAGGUGUGCUCUGAAGAACAGACGCCUACAUCAGCAAUUAGCAGGUAACCCUUGAGCUCCUCUACCUCUCAGAAAGCGCAGUGGAAUCAGAGAGCAUGAGACACACACACACACACACACACACACACACACACUUCACAUGAUCCUAUGUGCAAGUCUCCCUAGGAAAGGAGUUUCUGUGGGUGAGAGAACAAGGCCAGGAGACAGUCCACGGAGGCUAUCAGUUUAGCACAUCUACCAUGAACACUGAUGUGGGAGGCUUGUUGUUGUAAUCCCGGAAGCCUUGUUAUUUUUUCUUUGGAAACUGUGUGAAGAAUCGUAAGGCUGCUUUGCGUCCAAAACUGGACAGGGAGUUAGAGAGCAGCAGCCGCAGCCACCACCACCACAACAGCAAGAGCCCUUAUGGAGUUUCUCGAAAGAACUUAUCUUGUGAAUGACAAAGCCACCAAGAUGUACGCCUUCACACUAGACAGCGUGGAACUCCAGCAGAAACCCUUGAAUAAAGAUCAACAUCCUGGAGAGAAGCCAGAGGAGCGGGAAUCAGGAGCUAUCCAUCACUGCCACAGCAACUCCAAGGCCACGGGGAACAGGGCGAAGGAGCAAGUCCAAGCCAAGUGGAAACUCUGUGCUGCUUCAGGAAUAUGCUUCUUUUUCAUGAUUGCAGAGGUUGUGGGUGGGCGCAUUGCUGGGAGUCUCGCUGUCCUCACAGACGCUGCCCAUCUGUUAAUUGACCUGACCGGUUUCCUGCUCAGUCUCUUCUCCUUGUGGCUGUCGUCGAAGCCCCCCUCCAAGCGGCUAACAUUUGGAUGGCACCGAGCAGAGAUCCUUGGUGCCCUGCUGUCCAUCCUAUGCAUCUGGGUGGUGACUGGUGUGUUGGUGUACCUGGCGUGUGAACGCCUGCUGUACCCCAAUUACCAGAUCCAGGCAACCAUGAUGAUCAUCAUUUCAAGCUGCGCAGUGGCAGCCAACAUUAUACUAAGUGUGAUUUUGCACCAGAGAUGCCCCAGCCACAAUCACAAAGAAGUGCAAGCUAAUGCCAGCGUCAGAGCUGCCUUUGUACACGCCCUUGGAGAUCUAUUUCAGAGCAUUAGCGUAUUAACCAGUGCACUUAUUAUCUACUUUAAGCCAGACUAUAAGAUGGCCGAUCCAAUCUGCACAUUUGUCUUUUCUGUCCUGGUUCUGGCCAGCACCGUCACUAUCUUAAAGGACUUCUCCAUCUUACUCAUGGAAGGUGCGCCUAGGAACCUGCACUACAGUGGUGUGAAGGAGCUCAUCCUAGCGGUGGAUGGGGUGGUGUCUGUGCACAGCUUGCACGUCUGGGCGCUAACAAUGAACCAAGUGAUUCUCUCAGCUCACGUUGCUGUCGCAGCCAGCCGGGAUGGCCAGGUUGUUCGGAGAGAAAUUGCUCAAGCCCUCAGCGGUAGCUUCCCUGUGCACUCACUCACCAUUCAGAUGGAAUCUCCAGCCGACCAGGACCCAGACUGCCCUUUCUGUGAAGACCCCCGGGACUAGCUCAGUCACACCGUCAGCUCCCCAAUUUCAACAGGCGACUCCGUGCUGCUCCGCAGUGUCUAAGAAACCAAAGAGAGAAGUCUGAGAAAUUCAUGAUGCAGUACAAUGCACAUUAUAUCCUUCUUUAUUUAGCUCCAUCCACCAUGAAUGAAAAUGCACUCAGAUUCAUCAGUCAAUUGGAUUAUCAACCCAUCAGUAGCUGUGCUCAGUAACAGAAAUGUGUACAUAGAUGAUUCUUGACUGGGGCUGAAAUAUCAGCUGUUUGUAACUGCAGGUAAUAAAGCCUCAAUAACACAUCUCCAUGAUGAGCGUGCAAAGGGGAACUCAGGAAAGUCUUACCAGGAAUCAGUGGCAAGGAAAGAGUCAUAAAACUUUUUGUAGAACACAAAAAGCAAAAAAAAAAAAAAAA